GGCCGAAGGGUAGACUUGGAUCAUCCUUCACUCAUUUCCUCUAGUUGUUCAUUUUAUUUCUAGGCAUAUAUAAUGUGAUGUACGCUUAUCGUAGACUUGUACCAAAGACAGAUGCUUUACUCCGAGGACCUACCCUCAAGACAUCUAAGCUUCCCACACAAUUAACCAACAUCAUACCUCACCAGAUCCUCCCAUUUUUCAAAGAUCCUGAUCGCUUCUGAAAUGGCGCCUCUUCUUGUUCUCGUUCCUGGUGCUUUUGGCACAACCGAAGGCUUUAACAAAAUGGCUUCGUACCUUGGAGCAAUUAAGACGCACCCCAGAUCAUACCCAAGUUGCAACCCACCUGAUCCACUAAAUGCGGACUGCUCAAAUGAUAUCGCGGUCCUCAAGGACACUCUACUUUCACUCUUAGAUCAAGGACUAGAUCUCGUCGUUCUCGCUCACUCAUAUGGGGGUGUAGUCGCUGGUGGCGCUGCAAAAGGACUCGAUAAGGACAGUCGCAAGGCCGCAGGCUACGAAAAUGCAGUCCUCGGACUCAUUUACGUCGCCGGAAACAUCACAUUAGAGGGCGAAACACUGUUCGAGGCAGUGGGUGGUGCAUAUCCACCUUUCAUCAAGUCCAAUAAGCCUUCGGAAGGCCUCGCCCUUAUCGAGCCAGCCAUGCAAGUCUUAUAUAACGACUGCGAGCCAGACCCAGAGCUUGAUAGAUUCAUGAAACCCCACGCACUCAAAGCAUUUGAGACAAAAUCAUCAGCGCCGGCUUGGCAAGAUGAAGGCUUUAACAGGAGGAGAUUGUAUAUCCGCACCGUUAAGGACCAAUGCAAUCCCUCCUUUCUACAGGACUCAUGGAUUGAGAAGUCCGGCGUGGAGUGGGAUGUUGUAAACUUUGAUACGGGACACAUGCCAUUUGUCAGUCAGCCAGAAGCACUCGCAGAGCAGAUUGUCAAGUUUGUUAGAGAGGUCAUGGAAUCUUAAAACACCCUUGUAUCUGUUUGAACAGAGAAUAAUCACGGCCCCUAUGGUUUUAGUUACGGGACCAAGAUAGAGAAAGACAACUGAUGCAUAUGGUCAGAUGGGUAUGGACGUCUUCACUCCUAGCUUCGCGCAGCAAUAUAAGCCUUAUUGAUAAGUGUCAGGGGUCUCAGGGCAGGGGAACACAGAGAUACAUUAUAUAUAGUUAGAGAAGUCUGAAUGCCUUAAACCUCUGACCUUUUAGAUCUUGUGCCGCAAUGAGAGUCUCACUGUAUACCUUGUACAGCCGUUCUGACAGUGAGUCACUCUAUCUCUACACC